AUGCUUGGAGGUAGAGCGGAGAAGAACAAAGAGAACAAUGCCUUACGUGGAAAAUGGACAGCAUUCAAGGUUCCUCAGAAACCCAUUGUGAGAACAGCUGCCGCCUCUGCUCCCUCCUUUGAGGUUUUUCUCGAUGUAGAAGAAGAAUGUACAUAUGACGGAGUAGAGAAAAGAAGAAUGAAACCAUCUCAUCAUCAUCAAACGUUUUACCCCUUAACGAUGGCCGUGAGAUAA